UACCUUUGUUCGUCUUGUUUUUUGCGAGAAGAUCCUUCUAUUCCUCCCAAACCAGACAUAAUAAUAGGUGGAACUCUAGUAUUUCAGCUAAAACUUAUUUAUUUGGCUAAAUAUGAGAAAGCUUUUUAUAAUUUAUCCCGAAAAAAAAAAAAAAUACACAAUUAUCAAUUGCAUAAAAAAAAAAAGAGUACGUCUAUAGAAAUUUGACAAAGAAGAAAAAAAAAAAAAAACAGUUGGAAUGUAAUCUCCUGAAAAUAUUAAUUCUUAGACCUUCCAUUUGAAAUGACAUUCAAAUUGGUCCUCUAGAGUAGUAAAAUUACUCCUGCCUAAAUUUUAAUUUCUAAUUUGGAUCUUUAUAGUUAAACAUAAAAUAAUCUUUGAUCCUCCUUUAAUUUCUUGUUCUCCAAACACUCCCCACACAAACCUUACUUCCUCCUCAAAGCUAAUUUCGACAAUCCAUAUGGUUCGUUCCAUUUUCAAAUCGUUCCUAAAUCUUCCAAUUCCAAAAUCUAUCACUAUAUUACCACCUUAUUCUUCAUCUUCUUGUCGUCCACAUUCAACAAGACCAAAACUUUAUCUACCACUUGGCAACAAAAUUCAACAAAUUGGGCCACUACCAAUUAACCAGCAAUUUCAAGAAAGUGGGUCGUUGUUUUUAGCUAAAUACAGCACCAAUGCAUCCAACAAUAGCAAUGGAAGUGUUGAUAUGGGUAUAGGUGGAAGAGAAUACUUGUUAAUGACAGAUGAAGAGUUGAUGAAACAGUGUGAUUUGAGUACUUUUAAGGCAUCAGGUCCAGGUGGACAACACCGCAACAAACGUGAAUCUGCUGUGCGUUUGAAGCAUAACCCAACUGGGAUUAUUGCUCAGGCUGUGGAGGAUAGAUCCCAACACAUGAAUCGUGCGUCUGCUUUAUCUCGUCUGCGAGCGUUACUGGCUCUUAAAGUUAGGAACAACAUAGAUCUUGAUACAUAUACACCUCCUCAAGAGCUGCUUCAAAUUCUUCCUGCUAAAUCAACAAUCAGGGGAUCAAAUUGUGGCCCUCAAAUUGGACCAAACAAUCCUAAGUUUGCUUUGGGAAUGCAAGCUUUACUGGACCUGCUUUUUGCUGUUGAGGGCUCGGUAUCAGAUGCCGCAAAGAAGUUGGGGUUGAGCACAGGGGCUUUAUCAAGGUUGCUAUUAUCUGAUGAUAGUCUCAGAAUGGCUGUGAAUGAGUUCAGAAUAUCCAAGGGUAUGAAGCCUCUGAAAUAAGACUCGUUCAUGUUCUUAGCGUCUUCGGGUACUAUUUUCUCUUAAUUUCCAUUCGCGAUACCAAGCUUCAGGAGAUAGGUGCGGGUGGCGCUGGUGGUUUCCGGUUCAUACGGUUGAAUAAACAAUGUUUACUUUUUGAGAAAUAGUGUUGCUGGUGAGUCUGACUAUGCUUUGGCAUUAGGCUUUCAGCUGUGUUUCUCAAGCAAGGCAGAUGGUGUUGUACAUUGGUGGCUGGAAAAGUCAAGCAAUUUUAUUGUAAAUUCCUUUUUCUUCUAGUUUUCAUUGGUUUUAUGUUAGUUUACAUUGUGGAUUAAUUACUGAUUAGGGUGCUAUGGAAUGGAGAAAAUGAUAAAUGGUGUAUAUUUGAGAUAGCUGUCAGGGAUUAAUUACUGAUUCUGAUUACUUCUCUGA